GCUCUCACCACGACAAAGGGAAAACAAAACCCAGGGUUAUCAACCUGUGAUUCAAUCUUGGGCAAUUCCAGAAACCCCAGAUAUACGCCCUCUUCUUCUUACUUCCAGUACUGCUCUACCUCGGCUUGAGCUCCCCCCACGCAUCCCUCGAACAGCAAUCCCUGCCUGACUGACCUUGACCGCCUCAUCCACCCACCCCCCCCAAACAACACCAACAAUGGCGGACAAGACCAUCUAUCGGGCCAGCACAACCGCCCCGGUCAACAUUGCUGUGGUCAAAUACUGGGGCAAACGGGAUGCCCAGCUCAACCUCCCCACCAACAGCUCCCUCUCUGUCACCCUCUCCCAAUCCGACCUCCGCACCCAUACCACCGCUUCCUGCUCCGCCUCCUACCCGGAAGGCGACUCGCUGCUCCUCAAUGGCGAGCCUUCCGACGUGACCGGCCACCGCACCCAGUCCUGCUUCCGCGAGCUGCGCGCCCGCCGCGCCGCCCUGGAAGCCGCCGACCCUUCCCUCCCGAAGCUCUCCACCCUGCCCCUCCGCCUCGUCUCCGAGAACAACUUCCCCACCGCCGCCGGCCUGGCCUCGUCCGCCGCGGGCUUCGCCGCCUUCGUCCGCGCCAUCGCCAACCUCUACGCGCUCCCCGACUCGCCCGCCCAGCUGUCCCUCAUCGCCCGCCAGGGCUCCGGCUCCGCCUGCCGCUCCCUCUUCGGCGGCUACGUCGCCUGGCGCAUGGGGUCCCGCCCCGACGGCUCCGACUCGCUGGCCGACCAGGUCGCCGAGGCCUCCCACUGGCCCGACAUGCGGGCGCUCAUCCUCGUCGUCAGCGCCGCGAAGAAGGGCGUCGCCUCCACCUCGGGCAUGCAGCGCACCGUCGCCACCUCGGGCCUCUUCCAGCGCCGCAUCGACGACGUCGUGCCCCGCCACAUGGACGCCAUGGAGGAGGCCAUCCGCGACCGCGACUUCGCCGCCUUCGCCGAGGUCACCAUGCGCGACUCCAACUCCUUCCACGCCACCUGCCUGGACACCUACCCGCCCAUCUUCUACCUGAACGACGUCUCGCGCGCGGCCAUCGGGGCCGUCGAGGCCGUCAACGAGGCCGCGGGCCGGACCGUCGCCGCCUACACCUUCGAUGCCGGCCCCAACGCCGUCGUGUACUACCUGCAGCAGGACGAGGAGAUGGUCGUGGGCACCUUCUCGGCCCUGCUGGGCGACGUGACCGGUUGGAAGGACGGCGUGCAGAGCUACAAGUCGCCCGUCGUCCUCGUCGAGCGUCUUUCUGAGGUUAUCAAGACCGGCGUGGCCCGGGUCAUCAUGACCGGAGUCGGAGAGGGUCCCGUCAAGACGGACGAACACCUGGUCGGCGAGGAUGGGCAGCCGAUUGUGCGGUAGUUAAGGCGUAGUAGGGAUAAAAGUGUGGUUUCAUGAUAAACUCAUGGUAAGCAGGAGGGAUCUGCUUGCGGGUUUACACAUAUACAUUACGUAGCAAGAAUGUCUGGCUUUCUUCUUCUUUUUUUCUUCUUUUCUUUUCUUUUUCUU